AUGUUUUCAAUUUUAAUUAUGUGUUUUGGAAAUUAUCGUCAUCAUCGACAACAUUUACAAAUUUAUUGGAAUUCAUCAAAUAGAUUUUUUCAUUCAUCCGGUUUUUUAACUGUUUAUCUUGGAGAUUUAAUUGAUUUUCUUUGUCCUUAUUAUGAUGAAGAUCAAUAUUCCAAUAUUAAUAUAGAAUAUAAUACACUUUAUCUUGUUAAUGAAAAUGAUUAUUAUCAUUGUAAUACAACAAAUUAUAAUCCAUUAUUAAAAUGUAAUAAACCAUUUGAUACACGAUUAAUGUAUACAUUAUCAAUAUCAAAAUAUUUACCUUAUCCAAAUUUACCAGAAUUUCAUGCUGGACAUUUAUAUUAUUUUAUAUCAACAUCAUCUGGUAAAUUAUCGGAUAUCGAUCAACGUUAUAAUGGUUUAUGUCGUACAAAAAAAAUGAAAUUGAUUAUUAAUGUACAAAAAUAUUAUCGACAUUAUUAUGAUGAAUAUCGACAAUGGCCAACACCUAUUGUAGCUAAACGAACAAAUUUAAGUUUUAUUGAUUUAGAUAAACGUUUUUUUUCUUUUUCAUCAUUAUCUUCAAUUACUAGUCAAAAUUUUUAUUUGACUUUCGUGUUAAUUUCAUCUAAUUCAAUAUAUUUUCAUACUAAAACACGUUCAACACAACUUAUUAAUAGAAUGUUAUUUGGUUCGACAACUGAAUGUAGUAUACGUUUAGGUGGUAAACAAUUUACAUUCAAAUUUUAUAAAAUGAUAACAUGUCGUUAUGUUGAAAAUCUUUCAAAUAUUUAUCCAUAUUUAUUAAAAUAUUCUCAUGAUAUAACAGCACUUGAAAUAACAGAUUCAAUUAUUAAAAAUUGGAAUAUAAAUCAAUAUGCAAAAGUAUUUCGUAGAUUUCAAUUUUUAAUAUUUCAUCGAACAACAAUAAUAAAUAAAACUCUAUGUUCAUUUAAUACAUUAUCAUCAAAUUUAUUUUAUUUACAUUUAACAAAUUUUUCACCAAGUUUAGAAAAUUUUUUUUCUAAUCAAUCAUGUUUAAUUAUGAAACGUUUACAUGUUCUUAUACUUGAUCAUACAGAUUUAGGUAAUAAAAAUAUUUUAUUAGAUAAAUUUCCUAAUUUACAUAUUUUACGUUUAAAUUUUUCUUCAUUUAAUCAUCCAUUAAAUUAUUCUUAUAUACGUUUAUUUCCAUAUUUACAAGAUUUUUUCUUAAAAGUUAAUGAUGAUUGUCAUCGAUGUGAAUAUGAAUGGUUAAAAUAUGCAACACGAGAUAAUAAUUAUAUACUUUUUCAUAUUAGUCCUAAUUCUGGUUGUAUGGAUUGGAAUAGAGGUGGAAAAUUUCUUCAAUGGCAACAUGCACCAUUAUGUGGUUCAUGUUCAUUACCAUUAAUUAUUAAUAAAAAAAAAACAAAUAAUAUAUGUAAAAUGGAAGAUGGAAUAACAGAACAUUAUUGUAAAGCUUUUUAUGGUCAACAAAGUUUAUUUCAACCUUGGACAAAUAUAUUUGAAAAGAAAACUAUAAAAAUCAUUGAAUUACCUUCAACAAUAAGGCCAAGUCAAGAAUUUAUGAAAUCAAAAUAUACUACACCAAUUAUUAAACAAUAUAAAAGAGAUAUAACUAGUACAUUUCCAACAACUACUCAAUUAUUAUUAGUAACUAAUGAUUCAAAUAUAAUUUCUCCACCACCAAUAACUAAUUUAACAACAUCUCAAACAUCAACAAUAUCAUAUUGGCAAUCUCGUCUUAUUGUAACACGUAAAUCAAUUAAUUUAUUUAAUCGAUCUCAUUGUAAUCCAAUUGUCGAUAGUUUACAUCGACCAAAAGUUCGUUUAAAUCUUCCAUCAUUAAUCGAUCAAUUAUUUAAUAUAUCUCAACAAUAUACACCAAAUUGUUCAAAUAUUCAAUGUAAUAUUAUUCAUUCUAAUUAUCUUGGCCCAAUUUGUUUAAAAAAUGGUCUAACAUAUGCAAAUAUAUGUGAAAUAUUAUUUGCAUUAUGUACAAAACAACUUGAUCCUUAUAAUUUACAAAUUGAUUAUUUUGGUUCAUGUGUAACAAAUUGUUCAUUAGUAUCACGUUGUUAUUCAAAUAAUGAAAUAUGUAUAAUGACACCAAAACCACAUUGUAUAUCGCGUCAAAGAAAUUGUACUGGUUUUUCACCUGUAUGUGAUACAUAUGGUAAAACAUUUGUUAAUCGAUGUCAUUUAUCAAAUUCUUUAGUAUUUAAUCAACCAAGACAAAUAGCAUAUCGUGGACCAUGUCGAUUAAAACGACAAUGUACAAAAAAUUUAUGUCAAUCAAAUGAAAUAUGUAUACAAACACAAGAUAAAUAUCAUUAUCCGAUUUGUAUGAAUUGUAAUUUAAAUGAAACAAUGAAAUUAUGUCCAUUUGAAUUAUUUUGUGGUGAUAAUAAAAGACAAUAUAUUAAUCGUUGUCAAUUAUAUUAUGAACGUUGUCAAACAAAGACAUUUAUAAAAAUUGACUAUUUUGGUCUUUGUCAUCAUCAUCAAAAUCAUAAUGAUGACUAUGAGACAAAUAAUUAA